CUCACACGCUUUUGUCUAGUACCUGUGACUCAAGCUCUGGCUCUUCCUCUGGCGUUUCGCGGAUUUCUCUGCUUUCCAUCGGGGAGACCCACCGUGGGGGGAAGCGACAGUGCGAAGCCAGUUCAGCAAAAUGAUGCUUCAACACCCAGGCCAGGUCUCUGCCUCGGAAGUCAGUGCCUCUGCCAUCGUCCCCUGCCUGUCCCCUCCUGGGUCACUGGUGUUUGAGGAUUUUGCUAACCUGACACCCUUUGUCAAGGAAGAGCUGAGGUUCGCCAUCCAGAGCAAGCACCUCUGCCACCGGAUGUCCUCGGCGCUGGAGUCAGUCACCGUCAGCAACAGACCCCUCGAGAUGUCAGUCACCAAAGCCGAGGUAGCCCCUGAAGAAGAUGAAAGGAAAAAGAGGCGACGGGAAAGAAAUAAGAUUGCAGCUGCCAAGUGCCGAAACAAGAAGAAGGAGAAGACAGAGUGCCUGCAGAAGGAGUCAGAGAAGCUGGAGAGUGUGAAUGCCGAACUGAAGGCCCAAAUUGAGGAGCUCAAGAAUGAGAAGCAGCAUUUGAUAUACAUGCUCAACCUGCACCGGCCCACAUGCAUUGUCCGGGCUCAGAACGGGAGGACUCCAGAAGAUGAGAGAAACCUUUUUAUCCAACAGAUAAAAGAGGGAACAUUGCAGAGCUAAGCAGCCGUGGUAUGGGGCAACUGCGGAGUCCUCAUCGAAUCCUCCUUUUACAUCCAAAACCCUGAAGCCAUUGGAGAUCUGACUUCCUGUGCACCUCUUGAAUCCCAGCAGCAAAGAACCAUCACGGUGGGAGGGCCCUUGGUGACUUUCCACUCUACCCCAGAGUGGACUUUGGACCAGGGCAACAAGGGCAUCUUUUUCCUCAACUCCAGAAUUUAGGCCUUAACAUCUUGGCCUUCCUUGGAUUCUCCAGAUGGCCCCUGGUUAGGGUCCUGCCUGCCUUUCAUCUGGAUUCUGCAAAAACCAGGCCUCCCACCAUUAGGAUUCAUGCAGAAGCAUCAUC